GUUUCUGUUCAGACAAGUUCAAAGUCUUGGGAACAGAAAAAGCAUUCGUGGUGUUUGGUCAUAAAAGUGAAUGUGUUGUCAGUAUUUUCUUUUUUCGCGCUUCGGUAAUUCAAUUCAUCAGUCUUGGGGGAGCAGUGUUAUGGUUGAUGACUUGAUAAACUUAAAAAUCUGUAGUAGGUCCAUGUAGAUCUCACUUAAAAAGAUUAAAUGAAUGGUUUCAUGUUGUAUAUUUGUGUAAUGUGGCUGUUGCUAAUUCAGAUCUCAAUGUGAAUCCCCGGAGAGUUUCGACUAGUGACAAAUACUACAUAACAAUCAAAAUUAAACUGCCACAAAAGUCUUUUUGAGAUACCACUACAAUUCAAAUACUUAUUGUUGUACUGCAAACGAGAUAAUAAGCAUUUUCCAAAUGUAUUGAAACAAAAUGCAUAGCGCUUAUAACUAAAUAUGUAGUCCUCUGACCUUAAACAUCUACAGUAAUUGGAAAACAUGACUUCUAUUAUUUCCUCCAUGUCAGUUAAAAGAAUAAGGUCUGGAGUAUUACACACUUUACUGGCUUGUGAAGAAGCAGCGUUCCAUCUAACUUCGUGCCAUGUAUUUUGUCAUUGUUGAGGUUUUCUUUCACUUUCUAACACCGACGUCAAAAUCUUCAAAGGUGUAAAUUCUAGUCAGAGGUUUCACUUAAGCUUAUUAUUGCUUUCCGUGUCUAAGUAUUAUCAUAUCUUCUCAACCAGGCUCGCCGAACAAAUGUAUCACUGUUCCUUGACCAGAAUAUCGUACCAUAUUACUGAAUAAUGGCUAAGGCGUUCGACUUUCGCCCACUAAGCCUCACGAUAUAACCCCGUUCUAGUUGCGUCAGUUUGGGCAACCGAGUGGUUUCUACAGUCCUCAUAUUUGGAGUUUGGCCCAUAUCCAGAAUUCCGAUGAAAUUUCUAUGCGUCUUGAGCACUCUUCUGUCCAAUACAUCUUUUUUAAUCAUGGUGUAUCCUCACUUUUAUUUGACAUCCCAAUACUUGCUCAACUCAGUUUAACAAAUUUGAUCCUAUUAUUUUUCAUGAUCAACUCUUCAUUAAAUUCUGAAAUGGACGAUUUUGAUGAUAAUGGAAAUAGGCUUGUCCGACGUAAAUGGUGCCCAUGGUCUUCAUGGAGUCCGUGCUCUCCAACUAAGUGCUUCAAAGGCUUUGUAAACAAGAAUCCUUCAUAUUGGUCGAACCGUGAAGAAUUCCAUGUCGUUGAUGACACACAGAUUACAAACUGUGUUCUACUACCAAAAAAUAAUACCAAAAAACCUAGUCGAGCAUAUGUACGACAGACAAUACAAGGUCAACAUAAAAUUCUUGUUCCUGAAAAACAACGUUUUCGUACCUGUGAUUGUCAGUCAGUUUCCUUACUGAAUGUAUUCCGUUUGGUUAGUCGGCAUGAAUGUUUUCCUGGUGAUACAGUAUUCGAAUGCAGUGAAUGUGAAUCAAAUGAAAAAAUACAUUUGAAUCGUGAUAACAGUGAUUCUGAUGCCAAUCUAAUUCCAUAUUGUUCAUAUGAACAAUCUAAUUUUCAAUUGUAUAAAAUAUUAGGUGGAAUUAUUGGAGCAAUUGGAAUUAUAUGUUUACUAGUAUGUUUAAUACGUUUCUUAGUUAAACAAAUCUGCGGCAAUCAACGGAUAAAUAAUCGAACUUCUUGUGGUGAUAGUGGUGGUGGUUCUGGCGCUAGUACAAAUACUAAUGGUAAUACUGCAUCAAAUCGAACUGGUCGAAGAAGAAAUCGUUCACCUCAGUUACAAAAUAAUCAUAGAGAUGAUGCUACAGAAUAUUUGCAUAAUAAUUAUAGCACAAGUGUAUAUCCUGUUGGUUUUGGAAACUUAGAUUUACCCCCUGCAUAUACAGAUGUUGUAAAACUAUCUGCCAUUGAAACCGAGUCUAACAACAACAAUAAUAAUAACUCAACAAUACCGGAUGCAUUUCGUUUUAAUUUAUCACCAAAUGAACAAAUCACAAAUCCUUCUUUUUUAUCUAAAUCAUCCUCAAAUCAAACUGGUCGAUUCAAUUCUACAUUGUACACUAGUGAACAGAAUGCUACAUCAAGUCAAAUUUUAAAUGUAAAAUCAUCGAAUACAACACCACCUCCACCUAGUUAUGAAGAGAUUGUCGCAGCGACAAAUGCAAUGAAGACAAAUCGUGAAAAUGAUGAUUCAAUUAUGUCAGGGAAUGAAAUGAAUAUUGCUCAAGUUAGUCUUCAAACAGAAGAUACCGUUACUACUACUACUACUGCUACUAAUAAUAAUACGAUUACAACUUAUAGUGGUAGUAAUUUGAAUACUGAACGAACUGAGACUAAUUUCUCGUAAUUUCUGCAAAAAACUUUAAUGCUGAAAAUGUUUUUUUAUUUUUAAUUUGAUUUCUUCUGCCUCUUGUACUACUACUGUUGAUUCUUUUGCCAAUCUUGCUAUAAGUAGUAUCGGUUUUGUUUCUUCAAUAAAACAAUUCACUUAUUUGACAUAAAUUCUCAGUGCUUUUCGCUUAUCCGGAAAUUAAAUUUCUCCUUUUUCCCGUUUUUUCUUACCAUUUGAUCAUUCUUUUCAGUUUCUAUAUUCGCUUAACGAUUCAAUAAAUCAGAAUGAUUAUUACCUUCUCUUGCUCUAUUUCCCUACUCCUUAAGUAGAAAACUGUCUAUCAAAUUGAUACUCAAUGAUGAUCACUCUGUGUCUUGUAUUUAUCUAACAACAUACUAUUUCUGAUUGUAAAUGACAGUGUUGAUAAUAAUGAUGUUUGUUCAUAGGACCCUCCAUGAAUGAUAAGAAAAUUGAAAAGUUUAUUGAUAGGGAUUCCCGAUUCUAUUAUUUACUUUAUUAUUAUUAUUAUUAUUAUUAUUAUUAUUAUUAUUAUUAUUAUUAUUAUUACACUUUGUAUAGUUCAUAUUGUUUAUUUAAACAAGUCUUGUUCCUUGGCUUGUAUCUAUUCUCUUUUUUAAAAUUUCGACUUUUCUCUAUUUAUGGUGUAUCUAUUGUGAUAUGGAGUGAGAGAUUCUCUUCUAGUUGUGGUCUUUCAAUCAUGAAAGAAAAUUGAUGGAUAAAAAUUAGGAAGAAGAAGUUACAGAAUUGCAUGAAAAUGUAAGUUAUAGUUGGUUUUUGUAUAAUUGAUGAGAAAAAGAGUAAAACAAAAAGGGGGGGACAACUGAUGCACUGUAAUAUCUUACAUUUUUCAUAUUUUAUAUGCAUUACCCCAUACAUGCAUUUAUGUAUGUGUGUGUGCGUGUAUGUAUAAAACAGUCCUUACUAUCUUUUCUUUUUCUAUUCAUUCAUAUGUAUGUUCUCGUUUUGUGAUUUAUUAUUAUGAAGACAAUCAUGAAUGGAUUUGUCUUAUUAUAUAUGGCAAAAUCUGGUAUAUAUAUAUAUAUAUAUAUAUA